UGUAGUUAAGGUGUUGAUAUGAAAAAGUAAAACAGGUUAACCAUUUUGUUGGUAAUUCUGGUUAAGCCUUUCAAGGAAACGAAACCUUAAUCCCGAUGCAAAGGAUUACGAGAGAAUCUCAUCUAAUUAUAAAUCACUUUUCCAUUGUUAACCAGUUAAUCUCUUCGCUAAUUAAAUUAAAUUUUAAUUCAGUCAUCCAACUAAGAGAAAAAAAUAAUAAUUUCUCUUGAUUAGAAUUUUUUCCUUCUCUCUUUCUCUCUUUCUUUUUCUCUUUCUCUUUUUCUCUCCUAUUUCUUCAGUUUCUUUUUUCUAUCUUCUUGUUGUUGUUGUUAUUCAGCUUCACUCUUUUCUUUUUUGUGGUUCCUCUUAAUUUCUAAUUGUUUCUUGGUUAAUUAUAUUCUAGUGAAUUUUUCUAAUUCUACUAUUCUAUUUGGUGAACUAAUUAACGAUAAUUGUGAAUUCUUUUAAUGGCCUUGUACCAUCAAAAAAGAUCCAAUCUCCAGCCACUAUUAUCCAUGAUCUGCUUUUAUUUUGUUACAUUUAUUAUAUGGUGACCUUGUUUUUCCCAUUUGUUGUUGUAAUUUUAACCCUCGUUUUCUUUUUCUCUACCAGGUUUACUAUAUCAACAUAAUCAACACUGAUUCCAAUAUGGCGGUGAUAAUAUAGUAAUAUUUGGAUAGACAAUUGAAUCUCCUGGACGGAGGUGAAAACCCAAAUCUCUCAACUCUAACAAUCUCUUUGGUUUUAAUUGUGAUCAUUUUCAAUUGAUAUUUUUCUCAAUCUCUCUCUCUCACACACACUCUUGAUCAAUAUCAUCUUUAACUCUUAAGGCCUAACAUUCAGCUUAUCCAAUAAGCUGUGAUUCAUUUUGAUUAUUUUCUCGUACCUGAAACAUGUUAAUUAACUUAUCAAUCUGGAAAUGGAUAUUAUUGAGUAUUGGAAUUGUCCAAGCAUCUCACCAGCCAUCAUCCUCUCCAUCCAAUCAUCACCACCAUGAAUCAACAACUCACAUUCUGAAAGCAUUUACCUCAUCACCUGGUCCACUUUCAACUCUAAAAGAUUUACCAAUUAUUGUUUCUAAUUCUCAAUUAACUUUACCAUCAUCAUCAUCAUCACCAUCAAAAUCUACAUCUGAAUCUCCAUUAUCAUUUAAAUCGUUAACCAAACGUAAACAUAAAACAUCAAAUGGAUCUAUUCUAAUCUCUUCCUACAAAUCCAAUUUAACUCACCACAAUUCACCAAGAUAUCCAAUCGAUUCUGGUAAAAUUUUAUCUCUAUUAGAAAAAAAUCAUUACUUCGUACAGAAUCAAAGUUGUGACAAUAUUCAACUUUCCGGUGCUCGAGGUUCAUUUUUCAAUCCAGGUUAUCCUGAAUCUUACUCCAAUGAAACCUCAUGUUUAUGGACACUCACAGCCAAACCUCAUGAGAUAAUAACUAUAAGUUUUGAUGACUUGGAUAUUCCCGAUGUAAAUGGCUACUCUUGUAAUCCUUUUGUAUCAUCAAUCGAUUCAGGGGAAUCAUGUUGUUCAACUGGUGCUGUAAUUAUUCAAUCAAUUAGCAACAAAUCGAUACCUGAGAGACGUUUUUGUGGAAAAAGUGAAGACAAUGAAGCAAUUUUCGAAACAUAUAUCACCCAAGGUGAAAGUAUUCAAAUAUCAUUCAAAGGUGUAAAUGGUAAUAAAAAGGGAGGCCGCGGUUUCCAUGCAACUUAUAGUAAAACUUGGAUUGGUAAACCUUGUCUACAAGAAUCAGAGACAAAAUGUGACAAUGGAAAGUGUAUCGAUAAAUCUUGGAAUUGUAAUAGACGAGAUGAAUGUGGCGAUGGUUCAGAUGAAACAAAUUGUGAUCAUGUUUGUCGUGAAUCAAAUGAAGCUCAAUGUUUAAAUGAAGGAUCUCAUACUUUCUCUUGUUACUCUUUCCCCAAAGAUCGUUGUGAUGGUAAUUGGAAUUGUGCUAAUGGUACAGAUGAACGAGAAUGUGAUAAAUGUCCACACGGGAUGUUUGUCUGUUCCUCUGGUUUAAUAUGUUAUUCAGAGAGAGCUCGAUGUAAUGGUAAUUGGGAUUGUGUUGAUUUUAAAGAUGAACUUAAUUGUGGCCUAUGUGGACCCAAUGAAAUCUCAUGUGGAUUUGAUAACAUGAAACAAUGUUUCAAUCCUUUCACUCAAAGGUGCAAUGGUAUCUACGAUUGUCCAAAUGGAAUUGACGAAAUGGGCUGUGAGAAGCCACAAUGUGCAAAGAAAAUUCUAUGUGCCAAUAAUGCUAAAUGUUUCUUCCUGGAUGAACGUUGUAAUGGUGUAAACGAUUGUACCGAUGGUUCCGAUGAAAGAAAUUGUACCAAAGAGCUUUGCCGUCCAGAGCAUGGUUCAUUUCUCUGUUCCAAUGGUCAAUGUAUUCACUCAAUUAGUAUCUGUGAUACGGUAAUUGAUUGUGACGAUGGUUCAGAUGAGAUUAAUUGUACCAAUGAAUUGUGCCGACCUGAACAAGGUUAUUUCCUUUGUGCAAAUGGUAAUUGUAUACAAACCAUUUUAACCUGUGAUCGUAGUAACGAUUGUGGUGAUUCUUCAGAUGAAAUUAAUUGUCUUAAAAAUAGUGUUAUCACUGCUGCCCUGAUGGGCUCAUUAAUCUGUGGUUUAUUACUUGUAAUUGCGAUCAGUUGUACAUGUAAACUAAUUGCUCUUCGUCAAAUUGAACAACAACGUCAAGCUCAAGAUGAUUCUUCCUGUGGAACAUCAAUCAAUAAUAUUUACUCUUCAUCACACAUUUACCAAAGGUACUUUCCUUUUGCACGAAGUAGCACUCAUUCAACUUCACCUCUUUUCAGCCCUGAUUCUGAAUAUUUUUACCGAGAGCCACCCCCAAGCUAUGCUUCAGCCGUUUCAGGUAUAGAUGAAUACGGGGCUCCUUGUUCAUCUUCAUCAUCUUCUUCUCGUCGACGACCUCGACGAUUACGACCCAGAAAUCGAAGGAGACCUCCCACACCACCACCAUGUCAACAAUCACCCUCAGAAUCUGAUGGUGUUAUUAGUAACAGUAAUAAUAGUAAUGCUCUUGAUUCUGGUACAAAUAAUUUACAAACAUCAGGUAAUUGCUCAACAACUUCAACAGCAACUAUACCAUCAACAGUUUUCCCGAUAACUUCAAUGACAACGGCCUCAAAUCAGGGUUUAAUAAUGGAUCCAGAGAUGACAGUAAACACAUCGUCAACAACAAUAACCUUACAACAACAAGUUAAUUGUAAUCAUAUUUCUGACAUUGAGGAACCAAAUUGUACUACAUCAUCACACCAUCCUUUACUUUCACGUUAUCAACUACAGGGUGGAGCUGUUGGUAAUGAUCAACAGUCUAAUAAAAAUGACGAUGAUGAUGGAUCAAGUUUAUCAACUGAUGUUGGACAAACGGGUGCCGAUGAUUCAACUGAAUCUAUUCAAGAACCUUAUCAUCAACAUAAUUGUUCAACAUCUUCAACUGUAACCAUCGAGUUGAACAAUAUAUUACCCUCAUCACAAUCGUCUUCUCAACUUGACUGUGAUCAACAGCCCCUGCUCAGUGGAUGAAUAUAAUAAUAAAUUACUAGAUUGUUACUUCAUAAACGCCCAUGGGAAAAAAGGCUUUCAACUGAUUCACCCGUUGAGACAGAAUCAAUGACAACAAAAACAAAACAAUUACCUGUAAAUACCUGUACAUACACAAACCAAUACAACAAAGCAUUAAGACAAGAAGAUUAACCCGAUGAUACAAAACAAAAUCUCAACAAUUUUCUCAAUUGUUUAACAAAAAUUCAUGUUUAUUUUCAGUGGCCUGAAACCAUAAAGCAAAAACACAAUAACCAAAUCAAGUUGAAGGAUCAACGAAAUGCUAAUAUCUUUCCAUGAGAAUCUAAUCAAGGUUUAAACUGGACAUUAACUCUAAACAAAACUUAACGUUCUAUUCCCGAAUAUUAUAUAUUAUGUAUCAUAAAGAUGGAUUAUUAAUCAAUUAUCAUUUCUAUCUCUAUCUGUAACUUCUGAUCUCUCUCUCUCUCUCUCUCUCUCUCUCCUCUUCGUUUUUCUCGUCUCUCUAUGUAAAUUUCCUCGUAAUCUGCUAAUGACAAAGCGCAAAGAUAACGAACACAAUUGUUGUUUUUUCCAAUUAAUUAUUAAUAUGAAUGGUCAAUCUCUGCAAUAAUCAACAUCAUCAACUAACACACAAUUAGCAAUCAGUUAUCAAUAACUAACCUUUGCACUCUAUGCACUGACCAUCGUAUCAACAUAAUCUCUCCUCCCUUUAAAAUGAUAUUUUUCCUCUUCUUGUUUUUCCCAUUCAUUAAUUGUAACAAUUCUGAUAAUUUUGUUUCCUCUUUUUUUUUUUUGUUAUUACUUUUAAGAAAUCAACUUAAUUGUAAUGUUACCUUUUUGUUGAUUUUAGAGAUACAAAUGAAUUAUUAUGAAUGAAACACACACACACACAAAAAAACACUCACACAAAAAUGUUAAAAUAAAAUUAACACAAUUUUUUACGUUAUAA